AUGUCUGUCCCACCACCUGGAUCCAGAAGGAAUAUGGAAAGACGUCACAACCGAUAUGCAAGGAAAACAGCGAAUUUCGCAAGAAUGGUAUUUUUGCUAAAUUACCGAGAAUCGCAAUGGCUCGUUCAUUACAUCAUUCUUAUGUAUCUCUCCGAGUCUGUACAUGGAAACAUUCGCUACUCAAUUCCCGAAGAGCUAGAGGUUGGUGCCUUUGUUGGGAAUAUUGCUGAAGACCUCGGCUUAGAUGUUAAUAAACUGUCCGAGCGCAUGUUUCGGGUUGCAUCUGAAAAUGAAAGACAAUACUUAACCGUAAAUUUAAAAACUGGAGCUUUGCUUAUAAAGGAAAAAAUAGACAGAGAACAGCUUUGUGAACAAGGCCUCAGUUGCGUUUUAAUGUUAGAGGCUGCGAUCGAGAAUCCGCUUAAAAUUUAUCGUAUUGAAGUGGACAUUCUCGACAUAAACGAUAACGCGCCAGUUUUCCAGAGGAAGGAGGUUAGCCUGGAAAUAUUUGAAUUGACGCCGCUUGGAACGGUCUUUCCACUCCAGGGUGCGAUUGAUCCCGACACUGGAACCAACAGUGUUCGCUCCUAUCACCUGAGCCCUAACCAGCAUUUCACGUUGAAAUCACAACCAAACAGCGGGCAACCUGGCAUCCCAGAACUGGAGCUGCAGAGAAAUUUAGACCGAGAACAGGACCCGAAUCUUGAACUAACGCUAACGGCGUCUGAUGGAGGGAAUCCGAAGAAAUUCGGAACCACGCAAAUUAAAAUUAAUGUAGCCGAUGCGAAUGAUAACGCUCCCAUUUGCGAACAAAGUAUCUAUCACGUUACAAUUGCAGAAAAUACACCUAAAAAUACUUUGAUUGUGAAAGUAACUGCCGUUGAUAUAGACGAAGGCCUGAACGGCGAUGUAAUGUACUCUUUCAGCGAUCACACUCCUGAUAAAGUACGCGAGGCCUUUAGCUUAGAUGCGACUACCGGUGAAAUUAGGCUGACUGGAAUCCUGGACUUUGAAGAAUCAGAUCGUUACCACAUUUCAGUACAAGCUAAAGACAGGGGGUCAUAUUCAGUCGCAGUAUAUUGCAACGUUUUGGUAAUGGUUACUGAUGUCAACGAUAAUUCUCCUGAGAUAAUAAUGAGAACCACGUCGAGCACGAUUCCAGAAAAUGUUUCACCGGACACUACCGUGUCUGUUUUUAGAAUUACCGACAGAGACUCUCAAAAUACAGCAGACGUUUCCUGCAGAAUUCCUGGAGGUAUCCCGUUUAAGCUCAUAAACUCUUCAAAUAAUUACUAUACAUUAGUUACGCACGGAGUUAUAGAUCGAGAGAAAGUAUCAAAGUACAACAUUACAAUUAUGUGUAAGGAUGCUGGAUCCCCUCCACUUUCGACGAGUAAAAGAAUCCAAGUUCAAGUUUCAGAUAUAAAUGACAAUGCACCACGUUUUACGCAGCCUUCCUUCGCCAUGCAUAUAACAGAAAACAAUGUAAUUGGAGCUUCAAUUGGUUCUGUAUCAGCCGUUGAUCCAGAUUCCAAUCAAAAUGCAAAACUUUCAUUUUCGAUUUUGGAUAGCCUAAUAGACAAUUUGCCUGUAUCUACGUACAUUUCGAUAAACUCUGUCAAUGGCGUGAUCUUCGCUCAACAAUCAUUUGAUUUUGAACAAAUAACAGGUUUUGAAGUCCACGUGAAAGUGACGGAUGCUGGGUCUCCUCCACUCAGCAGUAACGUAACUGUCAAUGUGUUAGUCGUGGAUCAGAAUGACAAUGUCCCUGUGAUUGUGUCGCCUUUGCCCGUGAAAGGAUCUGAAAUCGAGGAAACAAUACCGAGAACUGCUGAACCCGGUUACUUAGUCACAAAAAUUACAGCUACGGAUGCCGAUUCUGGUAUGAAUGCCAAACUUUCUUACCAACUUCAUCUGUCCAGUGACGAAAGCCUCUUCACAGUGGCUCAGGAAACAGGAGAAAUAUGGACCAUUCGCCAAUUUACAAGCAAAGAUUCACUCCGCCCAAAAGUUAUAAUUCUGGUGAGGGACAAUGGAACGCCAUCCCUUUCAUCGACACUUACUAUCAAUCUAUAUGUACAGGGCGAUAAAACAGCAACUAUACCAACCACUGGAAUGUUGGGGAUCACUGGACCAUGGAAAUCCGAUUUGAAAUUUUACCUGAUGAUUUUAUUUGGCACAACCUCAUUUAUUUUACUCUUGGCUAUUAUUUUUCUGGGUAUUAAGGUGUGCGGUGGUAGAAAUGAAGUCACCAAUGAUUUUUGCUGCUUCUCCCGGGGAAAUUCUCUCCACGGAAUUCAAAAGGCAAGCGUAAAUCUGCAGAUACCACCCAAGUACACGCAGGCUUAUGAAAACGAAAGUCUUCCACAACAAUUUCGCUAUGAUCCCGUUAUGAAUGAUUUACUGUUUCUAAAGUUACACGAUUCGGCUCCAUCAAUGCUUGAUGUGAAGACUGGGACAUGUAUCCCCACAAAACAUGAAAAUACAUUAAUCUCAAUAAACAAGGACAUGGAUUGCGAGGUGAAGAAAUGUCUCCGCAUUUCUGUCAUUAAUGGUCCAUUCCGAAUUCUCAUACUAUGA